CGGCGAGAAGUGAGAGAAAAGGAAAUUUAAAAAAAAAAAAAAUGCGAGGCCGGAGAGGAAGGCCGCCCAAGACGCUCGACGGCUCGGCUCCGGGGGGCCCCGCGGGCAGCCUGAGGUACCGGGCCGGGCGAGGCCGGGGACUGGACAGGCGCGUCAACCACUCGGAGCCGGGCGGCCGAGGCAGCAGGACGCCCCGAGGUAAAGUCGGGAGCCGAGGCAGCGGCGGAGGAGGCGGAGGCGGCGGAGGAGGCGGUGGAGGAGGCGGAGGAGGAGGAGGCCGGGCCCGAGCCGGGGCCCAACAUUGCGCGGCGGCGGGAGGCGGCGGCGGCGGCAGAUCCCGGAGAGCCGUCAACAAAGUGAUCUAUGACGACCACGAGAGCGACGAGGAGGACGACGAGAGUCCGGUGUCGGAGGAGGACGAGGAUGAGGAGGAUUCUCAGGAGAAGAACGAGGAGGACCAGGAUUCGGAUUACCAGCAGGCCUCCGAGGAGGAGGAGGAGGAGGAGGACGACGACGAGGACGACGACGCGAGCUACUGCACAGAGAGCAGCUUCAGGAGUCACAGCACUUACAGCAGUACUCCGGGCAGAAAAAGACCUUCAAGAAUGCAUCGGGUACGCUCUCCGCUGUUUGAGGAAACAGACAUUAUUCCCCUUAAUAUUCCCAAAUCCUCGGAGGACUUAUUGGUGCAGGGUGAUGAGCUGUUGAGCAUUAUAGCUAUUUAUGAGGUGUUGAGUAAUUUUGGAACAGUGUUGCGCCUUUCGCCUUUCCGAUUUGAAGACUUUUGUGCUGCACUGGUGGGCCAGGAGCAGUGCACACUAGUUGCAGAGAUGCACAUUGCUUUACUGAAAGCAAUUUUACGAGAAGAGGACUCCUCAAACACCAGCUUUGGUCCUGCUGACUUAAAAGACAGCGUGAAUUCCACAUUAUACUUUAUCGAUGGGAUGACGUGGCCAGAACUAGUACGGGUCUAUUGCGAAAGUGACCGGGAAUACCAUCACGUACUGCCCUACCAAGGAGGGGAUCAAUAUCCAUACGGACCAAUAGAAAACAAAAUCAAAGUUCUCCAGUUUUUAGUGGAUCAAUUCCUGACAACGAACAUUGCCCGUGAGGAGUUGAUGUCUGAGGGGGUGAUCCAGUACGAUGACCACUGUCGGGUUUGCCACAAGCUGGGUGAUCUGCUCUGCUGUGAAACCUGCUCAGCAGUGUACCAUUUGGAAUGUGUCAAACCACCACUCGAAGAAGUGCCAGAGGAUGAGUGGCAGUGUGAGAUCUGUGUGGCCCACAAGGUGCCUGGUGUAUCUGAUUGCUUGCCUGAAAUCCAGAAAAGCAAGCCGUACAUUCGCCACGAGCCUAUAGGAUACGACCGACACAGACGGAAAUACUGGUUCCUUACAAGGAGGAUUGUUAUUGAGGAAGAUGAAGAUGAGACGGAUAAGAGAGUGUGGUACUACAGCUCAAAGAUGCAGUUGGCUGAGCUCAUUGAAAGCCUUGACAAAGAAUACUGGGAAUAUGACCUCUGCAAGAUACUUGAGGAAAUGCGGGAUGAAAUACAUCGGCACAUGGACGCUACUGAGGACCUCACCAAUAAAGUUCGUGGCAAUAACAGAUCUUGUCUAAGUGCAAUUAAUGAGGAGAUUCUGGAGCGGCAGAAAGCAAAACAAGAAGUGGAGAUGGAGGAGAUCAAACGAAAAGCAGCAGAAGAGAUGGAAAAAGCCAGGAAAGAUGCUGUGGACAAUGGCCAAGUGGAGCCUGAAACAAGCGAGAAAAUAUCAGAAGAGCAAUCUGAGGACAAGGAUAAGAUGCAGACUGAUGAACAUCCUCAGAAGGAAGGCACGGAAGACUCCCCGCCUAGCGGAGAUAACCAUAACUCUGAAAGCUCAGACACAUCCAAGGCUGAUGGCAGGGGCCAAAAUCCUACUGCAGAGGAAAGUAGUCCUUCCCCAGGGAAGAGCACUGGAGCGGGUGAGGUGGCAGCUCCUGACCCCGAGCAGCUGGCAGAGGAGAAGAAACCGUCCGUCAAGUUGGAUAGCACAGAAAAUGCAACGAUUUCUACUGAUGCCUCCACGUCCACUUCCACCACAACACCAACCACGUCACUGUCGCAGGUCACUGACGAAGGUGUUAAUGAUUUGCCCAGUGAGAAAUCUACUCAGGAUGCCAAUACUAAGUCAGCUGAGGACACAGAGAAUUUGGAAGGGUCCUCACAGUUUUCAGGGAAUGAUCAGGAAGACGCAGAACAAGACGAUGACCAAACCAAUGGAGAGAACGGUGAUGCUUCCGGGGCUGGUAAAGGCUCGCUUUUCCCCACAAGAAUGGUCACCAGGCUACGCAAUCCUGAGAGCAAGUUGAGUCAGCUGAAGAGCGCGCAGGCGGCUGCUGCUGCUCAGGAGGCAAACAAAUCAUUCAAGGAAGGCCGAGAGCUACUGGUGGUAAAUUCACAAGGGGAAGUCUCUCGCCUAAGCGCAAGGAAAGACCUGUUGAUAAAGGGUUCACUCAGUCACUUGUUUAAGUUGGGUCAAGAAGGAAAGUACCGUGUCUACCAAAACCAGUACAGUACUAGCACCCUGGCACUCAACAAGCAUCAGCACAGAGAAGACCACGAUAAACGGCGGCACCUGUCACACAAGUUCUGCAUGACCCCUGCGGGCGACUUCAAGUGGAAUGGUGCUGUGCAUGGCUCAAAGGUUCUCACCAUCUCUACUUUAAGACUGACCAUCAUUCAGCUCGAGAACAAUAUCCCAUCCCCAUUCCUGCACCCCAACUGGGCUUCACACAGAUCUAACUGGAUAAAAGCAGUCCAGAUGUGCAGUAAGCCAAGAGAAUUUGCACUAGCUCUUGCGAUACUGGAGUGUGCAAUCAAACCUGUCGUCAUGCUUCCAGUCUGGCGGGAAUCCUUGGGACAUACCAGGUUGCAUCGACUAACCUCUGUUGAAAGAGAAGAAAAAGAGAAAAUCAAAAAACGAGAGCGAAAGCAGGAAGAAGAGGAGGUUAUGCAACAGGCUACCUGGGUGAAGUAUACCUUCCCAGUGAAACAUCAGGUUUGGAAACAAAAGGGGGAAGAAUAUAGAGUAACAGGAUACGGAGGCUGGAUGUGGAUUAGCAAUACUCAUAUCUAUCGUUUUGAACCCCGACUUCCUGGAAACACCAAUAUAAAUUAUAGGAAAGUGUUAGACAGUGCAGAAGGAAAUACUGAGGACGGUUUGGAUCAGAGUAAAGGUGAGAGCUCCUCUAAAGUGAAAGCAGAGGCUGAAACUGGUGACAAACAGCAUUUUUCCCAAGAGUGCAAGGAUUCACCAGAGGCUGACCGAGUCACAGACAAGUACUUUGAGACAAAGCUAGAAGGUGAUGAUGAAACAGUGGAAGAAAAGGAGGAAAUCAUGGACCUCGAUAUAAAUCCCACCACAUCGCAACAGGCUGAAGGCGAAGGGAGCGCUGAAGGUGAGAAGGUAAUAAAGGAUGAGCCGAUGGAUGUCGAUGAGAUCAAAAAUGAAUCCGUCUCGAAAGAUGACGAAAAGUAUGUCUCAGCUGAACUGAUCAAUGUAAGCGAGGGCUUCCAGCAAAGGACUUGGUACAAAAAAAUGGUAAAACCCUCCAAACUCGAUGGCCUGUUGGAUCGCAGGGUAAAGCAGUUUACACUGGAAGAGAAACAGAGGCAGGAGAAACUGAGACAGGAAGCCUUAAAGAUUCAGUCCGUGAAUCAGCAGAAGAGCGUAACUGAGCCAAAGAUGCCCGUUUGUAAGGACAAACCUGCGGCUCCCAUUCAAAAUAAGUCUGAAUCUGAUACACAACAAAAGGGCCAGUUGAGGAUCAAAUCUGUAAAGACCACUGUCGACAGCCCAGUAGCCUCAUCUCAGGAAAAAUCUGGAGAUUUGGCUCAACAAAAGGAUCAGGUUGUUGCUACGUUAAAAGAACCGAGUGUUGAUGAGGCAGAAUCUGCCCGGACAGACACUAAGGCCAAGGCUGAAAAUAAUCUAGAAUCAGUAGACAUGGGUGAUGAAACCAAGAACGUGGAUUUAAAAAGCAAGGAGAACGGCGCCUUAGGUGACACUCAGACAGCGGUGGUGAAAGAAGGCUGCGUGAACAGUACUUGUGAUGAGGCGAAUGAUGGACUUGGGAAGAGUUCUGAGCCGUUAGUUGAAAACAAAACGGACAGUGACCUGAGUGUGAACAAGAAGGUUGAGGUGGAUGUUGCUGAAGAUCGGUGUGACCCGUUGGCAGCCGAUGCGACGAGUGAAAACUCUAACUCUGAGCACAAGACCGACGAAAGCAUCGAAAAUGUAUGUUCAGAAAAGGUGCCCACGAAAGCUGCCCAAGAUAUAGCAGAAAACCGCUGCGAGCCCAUAACCCUUGAGGAAAACGGAGUGAAAGAAAGCUGCGUCCACAAGGAAAGCAACAGCAUCGAGGAUAAGAGGAAUGUCGAGGACGCUGCGGAAAAUAAGAUUCCUGAAACUGAGACCAAAAUGGAGAACCAGCACCCUAUUGAUCAGGUUAAUGGAAAGGAAGUGGAAUCUAAAUCUGCUCCUGCGUUGGAAAACUCUGAACUCGUGCCGUCUGAACCGCCAGACGAGCCAGCCGCUGUUAAUAACCUGGAGCCUCUGAAGGAAAAGGCCGGCCCCAAAGUCGAUUCGGAAAAUGAACUCCCCGAAGUCUCGCCCAGAGAUCCCCCCGUUAAAUUGGUUAUGAAUGGAGAUAUUACGAUGGAUAACCUCGAAGAGAAACCGAAUCGAAUAGAAGGGAAAUUGUUACCAACUGCUCCUCCAAAGGUUCUUGUUGACGGUGUUAGGAGGGACAAAGAGGAUGCGAAGGAGGAGGAUGCAGUCCCACCAGUUAAAGCAGCCAAACUAGAGAACAAUGUCUCCCAAGUAGUCAAUUUUACCGAAGGAUCAGGCGUUUCAAACACGGCCUCGGAUGCCCCUGAGAUGCCAAGUGGAGUUAGGAAUGAAGCGAAAUGUAUGGAAGUAGAUGGACCAGUGCCUAAGAAAACUCCUCAUCUUCCUCCCCCUCUUUCUGCAGUAGACUCCAGCGUAAGCAAAGACUUCAGCGGACAAAACGGUAUGCAGUCUAAAAGUGAAGUCAGUGGGAUCAAUGGAGUUCACGACACAAACACGGUCAUUACUAAAAUGACCACGACAACGACGACUGUGUCCACAGAAUCGAAGACUGUGGUUAGCGUAGCCAGUGUUUCUGCUUGCCAGAGCAGCCUUCCCUCUGUGGUGUCCUCGAGUAAAAACUGUGCCGUCUCUUCAACCACCACCACCACUACAGUCAUGAAAGUGAGCUCGCCAAAGCCGGACAGUGCAGCGGAUGGCUUGACGGUCACUAAAAAGACUGUUGUUACAACCACUGUGACUGACUCCACCAGUACUCCAAAGACCCUAACCACCACAAUGACAGUGAGCAAGGAAUAUUCCACCAAGGACAAGGUUAAAUUGAUGCGGUUUUGUCGGCCCAAAAAGACUAGAUCUGGCACGGCCCUGCCUUCGUACCGUAAAUUUGUCACCAAAAACAGUAAGAAAAGCAUAUUUGUUUUGCCAAACGAUGAUCUGCGGAAGCUGGCGAGGCAAUCGGGCAUUCGCGAGGUCUCGGGAUUUAACUAUAACGCAAAGCCUGCAGUGGACAUCUGGCCUUACCCAUCGCCGAGACCAACGUUUGGCAUUGCAUGGAGGUAUCGACUGCAGACUGUGAAAUCUUUGGCGGGAGUCAGUCUUAUGUUGCGGUUAUUAUGGGCUUGCUUGCGAUGGGAUGACAUGGGAGUCAAACCACCGUCAGGAGUCAGCACGACACGUACAGAAACUACAGAUAUAGAUAUCACCACCACGGAGAUUAUUAAGCGAAGAGAUGUUGGCCCCUAUGGAAUUCGUUCUGAAUACUGCAUUCGGAAAAUUAUCUGCCCCAUUGGUGUUCCUGAAACUCCAAAAGAAACCCCAACACCACAGAGGAAAGGUCUUCGAUCAAGUGCUUUAAGGCCAAAGAAACCUGAGGCCCCAAAGCAGACUGGCCCUGUUAUAAUUGAGACCUGGGUGCCAGAAGAAGAGCUGGACUUGUGGGAAAUACGCACUUUUGCAGAGAGAGUGGAGAAGGAGAAGGCACAAGCGGCUGAGCAACAAGCAAAGGUUAGUGAACUGAAGAAAUCCGAAGAGUUCAAGGCCCAACUGGAGGCCCAGCUUAAGCAGCAGCGAUUGGCUGCUCAACAGAAACGUCUUGAACAGCAAAAGCAAUCUGCAGUGUCUAACUCUGUUACCACCACCUCCAGUACUGUUACCACACUUACCACCCCCCAGAAGUUGGUGGUUGGUUCCUUAACUGGGCAAGUCACCCCAGGAACAAAAGUGGUAUUUACCACCAAAGUGGGCUCCCCAACCACAGUGACAUUCCAGCCAAACAAGAACUUUCAACAGAGCUUUGCCACCUGGAUCAAACAGGGCCAGGUUGGGCCAGUCACCAGCACAGUGGCAACGUCAGCCACAACCAUUGCCACCACGGGCCAGACGUUCCAGAUCACAGGCAGUCCAGUAACCAUGACGGGCAAGGUGAUCACUGCCAAACUUCCUCUCCCCGCAAACAGCAAAAUCCUCACCGUCAACGUGCCAACCACACAAGGAGGUGUAGUUCAGGUGCAACAGAAGGUUUUGGGAAUCAUUCCGUCAAGUGCGACUUCCAAUCAGCAAACCUUUACUACAUUCCAGCCAAGGGCCGCUACUGUAACACUCAGACAGAAUGCGCCAGGCACCCUCGGUACAACUACCCAACAGGUCCAGGUUCUCACCACAACGGGAGCGACCCAGAUCCGCCCCGGUGUUACGGUCAUACGGGCGCCUUUCCAACAGACAAUCGGAAAGACCAUCAUCCGGACGCCUUUGAUGGUGCAGCAAGGUAUUCUCCCAGCGAGUCAAGGCCAGCAAAUGGUCACUCAGAUUAUCCGUGGGCAGCCAGUCACGACGAGUGCGGGAACACUGACUCCAAACCACAAAAUGGUGGCUGCUUCAGGCACGACCACCCAACCAAUCCAACCUCGGCUCGCCACGCUGCAGGGGCAGCAGCCAGCUCAGCGUCCACAGCAGGGGCAGGUCCGACUGACACUGGCACAGCUCACACAGCUCACACAGGGACAGAGUGGAGGCCAGGGACUGACUGUGGUGAUUCAGGGGCAAGGACAAACUACUGGACAGUUGCAGCUUAUCCCGCAAGGGGUAUCAGUAAUUCCUGGACCCGGACAGCAGCUCAUGCAGGCUGCUAUGCCAAACGGAAGUAUACAAAGGUUCCUCUUCACGCCCCUACCAGCGGUUACCACAGCUCCAACGCCGACGACCAUGGCAACAACAGAACCGAAAGCAGUGCAGGUGCAAACGCAGCUGCACACGCCUCCAGCUCCGGUCUCGUCCCCCGUUCAGACUCCAGUAGCUGCCCAGCCACCAGCCUCCACACAGCCUGUCCCGAUAUUGCCAGCACAACCCCAGACAGUCGUCCAGGCGCAAAUCCAAGCUCAAGUCCAGCCACAGGCCACCGUGGUCACAGCAGCUCAGGCUGUGCCACAGGUUACCGUGCCGUCUCCCGCACAGCCUCCGGCACAGGCCCCGCAACCUCAAGGCCAGGUUCAGACGACGGCCAUUCAGAUUCAGCCCCAGGUCCAAGUCCAGACUCAGAUGGCCACCGUGCAAACUCACAUCCAGCCCCAGCUCCCAGCAGGAGUGGUCCAGCAACAGAUCCGGCUCCAGCUCCCGGUGCAGAUCCAACAGCCGGGGGUGACACCAGUCCAGCACAUUCAAAACGUGGUCAGCGUGCAAGCCGCCAGCGUUCAAGAGCAGCUCCAGAGAAUCCAGCAGAUCCGCGAUCAGCAGCAGCAGCGAAAACAGCUGCAGAUCGAAUCUAAGAGGGAGCAGAUGUUACAGACCUCAAACCAAAAUGAAAUUAUUCAGAAACAGGUGGUCAUGAAACACAACGCUAUGAUUGAGCACCUCAAGGCCAAGAACAGGAUGAUGUCACCUGCUGAACGGGAGGAAAAUCAGAGAAUGAUUGUGUGCAACCAGGUAAUGAAGUACAUACUGGACAAAAUUGACAAGGAAGAAAAGCAGGCGGCAAAGAAGAGAAAGAGAGAUGAGACGGUGGAGCAAAAGCGCAGUAAACAAAACGCCACUAAGCUCUCGGCGUUAUUGUUUAAGCACAAAGAACAGUUAAAAGCAGAAAUUCUAAAGAAAAGGGCAUUGUUGGAUAAGGAACUUCAAAUUGAGGUGCAGGAGGAACUAAAGAGGGACGUGAGCAGACUGAAGAGGGAGAAAGAGAAGGUGCAGACCGCGACGGUGCACGCCGCCACCGUGACGGCACUGAGCGCAGUCCCAGCCGCGGUCACGCAGAAGCGCAAACGCGACGAAGAGAAGGAAUCCACGAAGACCAAGAAGAAGAAGAUGAUUUCUACUACCUCAAAAGAAUCCAAGAAAGACACAAAGCUUUACUGUAUCUGCAAGACACCUUACGACGAAUCAAAGUUCUACAUUGGCUGUGAUCUCUGUACGAACUGGUAUCACGGAGAGUGUGUUGGUAUCACAGAAAAAGAGGCUAAAAAAAUGGAUGAGUACAUUUGCAAUGAGUGUAAACGAGCUCAGGAGGGCAGCAGUGAGGAGCUGUACUGUAUCUGUAGGACACCUUACGACGAAUCACAGUUUUACAUUGGCUGUGAUCGCUGCCAGAACUGGUAUCACGGGCGCUGUGUUGGCAUAUUGCAGAGUGAGGCAGAUCUCAUCGAUGAGUACGUCUGCCCUCAGUGCCAAUCUACAGAAGACGCUAUGACUGUGCUCAGCCCACUUUCAGACAAGGACUAUGAGGGUCUUAAACGAGUAUUGCGUUCCUUACAGGCUCAUAAAAUGGCCUGGCCUUUCUUGGAACCAGUGGAUCCCAAUGAUGCGCCAGAUUACUACGGUAUCAUCAAAGAGCCGAUGGAUCUUGCCACCAUGGAAGAAAGAGUUCAGCGUCGCUUUUACAAGAAACUGACGGACUUUGUUGGUGAUAUGACCAAAAUCUUUGACAACUGCCGUUACUACAAUCCCAGCGAUUCACCGUUUUACCAGUGUGCGGAGGUCCUAGAGUCAUUUUUUGUACAGAAACUGAAGACUUUCAAGGCGAAUAGGUCUCAUUCCUAACAGACUACACACUCUACUGCAUAGGUGGCAGCACUCUCUGGACUUCUAAAAAGAAUCAAAAAUCGUACAAAGCGUGAAUAGCAGGAAUCCUGUUUCCAAGAGUGCAGCAAGAAACAGCUGAUGUCCCCCCCUCCCCAUCUCCAUCCCUCCUUCCCUCCUCCCUGAGGCAGAUACACUGAGUCAGGCUUUCCUGACUGACUGACCUUAACCAGCGCUGUUGUUCAACUGAAUUGGAUAAACGCCCCGUUCUGUUUGUUAGAAGCUCAAAGGGAGAGUUUGGAAGAAGACGGAAAAGAAAGAAACUUGUUUUCCCAGCCCUGCUUUGACUGUUGCAGCCUCCCCUCACCCUGUGUGCGGAGCAGAUCUACGAGAGGCAUCCUGUGCGCUUUUUUGUUCCAACAGAGAGGGCUGGCUUCAGUUUUCCCAGAGGAAUUCAUCACCACAGUUCUUCAGUGAAGAAGCUGUCUGCACGCUGUCUGUAAUGAAACAACCCUGUUUAAGUUUGACAGCUGUAUUUAUUUAUUACUGAGAAAAGAUGAAGCUUUCUUUUUUUUUUAGAAUCUUCUGCUCUCAUUUGUCAACUAAUUAUGUGCUUUUUUUCUUUACCCCCCCCCCCCCCGCCACCCCACCCCCCCAUCGAUAUAAAAAGACCCCGUUUGCAGAUAAGCUGGUCUUUUCUUUUUAUGUAAUUACUAUAGGUAACGGCCAGUGCUGAACCCUUUUGUCCUUUCUUUGUUUGAAAGGAGUCAUUUCACGUAGACGGGCGCAUGAACACACACACAUCCCACUUAUGCACACACGCACGCAUACAGCAGGCACACUUGUGCCUGUCCACACGCACACACGCACUCUCGCGCGCACUCACCCACACCGCAGGCACCAUCGUGUGCGUAUACACGCACACGCGUACAUACAUGUGUGACUGGGAUCCAAGGAGAGAGUUUCCUUAUUCUAACCAAUCUGAAUUGAAACAGAAGCUGACGGCAGCUUCCGGGGUUUACGUUACUAUGGCAGCAGCAGCACUAGAAAACUGUCAAUCACUCUGCAGAAUUUGAUCGACUGAAAACGAAGCGGUGUGUACUGAAGGUAUCUUGUAUGUAAACAUUUUGUCAGAUGCUGAAUUUUUUUUUUGUUUCUUUUUUUUUGUAUUAAGGUUCAGAAAUAUUGAUGUAUAUGAAACCAAUAAACGGAGGAAACCAUUAACUCCCACAGAGAAAGACGCAAGUGUUUCUGUAUGUGCUUAAAUUAACCCAGUGUGAGACCUCGCGUCUCUCUUAAGAAUUCCAGCCAAGACAACAAUUUGGAGAAAGUGUGAGGGCACUUUUAAAUUUGAAAUGCUGCAUAUUGUAUGCAUUUGUAAUGAUUUAAAAAAAAAGGGGGAAUCUCUGAACUGUCUCUGAGUUGUGAAACACUGCACAUCUCUUCACCACAUCGCAGUAUUUCUGUACUAUUUAUUCAUAUCUACAAACUUAUUCGUUUUGAGUAAUGUUGCAAAAAAAAAUCUUUCCUACCUGUAGGUAAUAGAUUGCUAUCUAUGUUUUUAACAGAUUGUGGCAACUAUGAGGAGUAAAUUCUUUUGUACUUGAUAGGACAUUUCAUCCUAGACAAUAAAGUAAUGUUUUUGACAUCAA